AGGUGUACAUAUCGCCAUAGUUCGGUCGCGCGUGCGCAAGUCUUACGAGUAACACAAUUUUUCUAUUAUAAAUUUCUAGUGAAUUGAAAUUCGUUUUGCAAGUCUAAAAAUCUUUAGUGUUUAUAAUUUUUUCGUUACUACAGACUUUUAUUCCGACCUGGAUGACGCAUGAUAUGAGAAGAUGACACUAUCAUCGAGUCGUCACCAGUUUUUGGCGUUCGAAUCGCAAGCUCCCGAUGACAUCCAAUACAAGAGAAGAGGAGGGGUGUUCAUUUCCCACUGUAUCUGCGUAGCUUUCUUUAUAUUCGCCAUUCUAACAGCUAUCAUUGUAGGAAUAAUAGCCCAUUUCGUUACCUUUUAUACGAUAUCAAAUAAAUCUACGGAAUAUUGGAAUGAAGCCGAACCAUUUGGGGUAUCAGAUAAACCAUCACCAGAUCUCAGACUACCCACAUCAGUCACACCCAGCUUUUAUCGUCUCAAAAUUAAGGCAGAUUUAGACAAAGCAAACUUCAGUGGAGAUGUGCACAUCACCUUAAAAGCGAAUCGCAGAGUCAAAGAGAUAAUAUUGCAUUCCAAAGCACUGGUCAUAAAUAGUUCAAAGCUCACUGAACAAAUAUAUGAAAGAGUUGAAACAAUACACACCAAGGUGAAACGUGAUGUACAAAAUGAGAGUAUUAGUGAUACAACAACACCUGACAAUAGUACCACAAAUUUACCACCAACUACUGAAAGUCCGUCCCAAAUUAUCAAUGAAACUACUGCUCCAAUUAUUACUGCUCCAAUUAUUACAACUCCAAUUAUUACUACUCCAAUGAUUACUACUCCAAUUACUACAACUCCAAUUAUUACUACUCCAAUGAUUACUACUCCAAUUACUACUACAGCAAACCCAAUAUCAGUCGAUACUCAAAUAACACAUAGCAGUGUACGCAGUGUACAAAUAAUAGGCACAUCUGUUGGUACUGGUGACCGAUUGCUACUGACAUUAGGUUCGGCUCUUACUCCUGGUGUGGAUUACACUCUACAGCUAUCAUUCAGUGGAAAUAUAACAAAUACACUAACUGGAUUCUAUAAGAGCACAUAUGUUGAUAGCAACAAUGAGAACAGAUAUUUAGGAGUAACUCAGUUCGAACCAACCUCCGCACGUUCAGUGUUCCCCUGCUUCGAUGAGCCGGCAUUCAAAGCCAAAUUCGAAAUAAGUAUAGCACAUCCUCAGAAUUUAACUGUUUUAUCUAACAUGAAGGUAGCAACACAGGAGCCUAUCACCGAAACACCGAAAUGGCAAUGGACGCACUUCGAACGUUCCGUGGAUAUGUCGACUUACCUUGUCGCUUUCGUGUUGUCCGACUUCACAUCCCUAGAGACCAGUUACGUUAGCAUGGACAACGUAACGAAGCCAAUACGGAUAUGGGCAAGGCCGGAACUGAUAAGCAAAGCCAAUUACGCCUUAAGAAUCACACCGAAACUGCUCAAUUAUUACGAGGAUGUUUUUGGAGUUCCGUACGUAUUGGACAAACUAGACAUGAUCGCGAUACCGGAAUUUUCCAGCGGGGCCAUGGAGAACUGGGGACUUAUCACUUUCAGGGAAAUGUCUUUGUUGUACGACGAAGCGGAAGGGAUACCGCGCGACAAGCAAAACGUUGCGGUGUCCGUGGCCCACGAGCUCGCGCACCAGUGGUUCGGGAACCUCGUCACCAUGCGCUGGUGGACGGACCUGUGGCUCAACGAGGGGUUCGCUUCAUACAUCGAGUACCUUGGAGUUGAUCACAUCGAACCGGAGUGGAACAUGUUUGAGUCGUUCUCGAGAGAUAAGAUGGAUCUCCUGCGAUCGGACGCGCUGAAGAACACGUCCCCCGUCUCCAAGAAGGUGGUGGACGCGUCGGAGAUAUCGCAGAAGUUUGACGAGAUCUCGUACACGAAGGGCUCCAACUUGAUCCGGAUGUUGAACCACACGAUAUCCGAGCAACUCUUCCACAAGGGGCUGGUCAUCUAUCUGAACGACUGGAAAUUCUCCAACGCGGAGGAGAACGACCUCUGGGCGGCCAUGUCUCGCGCCGUGAGCUCGGAGCGCGCGCUGGACGGCGAGUCCGUGGUGCGGCUCAUGAACAGCUGGACGCGGCAGGCCGGCUACCCCGUCGUCACCGCCAACAGGAACUACGACACCGGCGCCGUCGAGAUAGAGCAGAGAUUGUUCACGAGCGCAAAGGACCCCUACCAAUCGAUGGUGGAUCAGCUGUGGCACAUUCCCAUAAGCUACGUGAACGUGGACGCCCCGCUGGACGAGUGGAGCACCAAGCCCAAGACUUGGCUGAAGGACAGGAUCAGCGUCUUCAACGUGCCCUACAACUCCACGCAGGCGCUGUACCUGAACGUCGAUGCCAUAGGCUACUACCGCGUGAAUUACGACCAGAGGAACUGGCAGCUGCUGGCGGCGGCGCUGCGGGAGGGGCGGCUGCGGUCCGCCAUCGCCGCGGCGCAGCUCGUCGACGACGCCUUCAACCUGGCGCGCGCCGCCCAGCUCGACUACGCGCACGCGCUGCAGCUGGCCGCCUGCGCCGCCGCCCGCCCCGGCCGCGUGCUGUGGGACCAGCUGCUCAACAACAUGGCCGCGCUCAAGUACAACCUGAUGACCACCGCCGGAUACACUUACUUCCAAGACUUCAUAAGGAUACUGCUGAAGAACCAACUGGAGAGACUGAACUACGGCCUGGAUAAGCCCAAGGACGACAACGAGGCUUUCCUUAUCGAAAACCUGCUGAUGUGGGAGUGCUACGCCGAGUCACCGCGCUGCCUGCGCUGGGCGCGUGCACAGUUCGACGCCUGGUACGCGCAGAACGACCACACCGCCAUCCCGAUCCCGAGCCACCUCCGCUCGCUGGUGCUGAACAUGGCGCUGCGGCACGGCGGCCGCCAGGAGUUCGACUUCCUGUUCGAAGUGUUCCGCAACACCAGCGACCCCAGCCUCAAGGCGCUCAUCAUUAACAACCUGCCCAGCACCCGGGAGGAGAACCUCAUCGUUCUGCUGCUGGAGAAGAGUCUGUCGGAGCUGCCGAAGCAGUACGCGGCGGCGGCGUGGGGCGUGGAGCCGGGGGCGGGGUCCCGGGUGGCGCAGGAGUACUUCUACCAGCACUUCGAGCGGAUACACGCCCGGUUCGCCGACAUGGACUCCUUCAUCAUGCCCACCGUGCUCAACGGGGCCUUCGGCUUCAUCACCACCGACGACGAGCUGGCCAGGCUUAAAGCUUUCGCCGUGAAGCACAGGGAGCGGCUGCUGCCGGUGUCGCAGACGCUGCAGAAGCUGGUGGACACGGCGGCGCUGCGCAUCCACUGGAUCCGCAAGUACUCCGCCGGCAUCGCGCGCUGGCUGCGGGACUACACGCAAGGUACACUUACAACGACCGAGGGCGGUGCAGUAAACGCAUCGACCACCGAAGCACCGGCGAACACGACCAUGGACAUCAGCACGGCUCCACCGAGUACACCGAGUGCAGCCAGCAACACGACAACGUAACUGCGAACGAUUUAUGCGUCCUCAUUUAGAUGUUUGUAUCACGCAACUCGCUACUGUUAGUGCGCAAGUCAUGGUCACAUUUACAUGUCGAGAUCACUAAAAGAAAUCGACGCUUGAACGGCAAACGUGACUAAGCGACAAUAACUGCUUUGUACAUAAAUGAUAGGCAAUAACCAUAUUCGAUGUGCAAAAAAAAUAUAUUUCU